AUACCUUGACACUUUGAUUUUUAAACCCCAACCGCAAACAUCCCACAGUACCCCCGCAAAUUAGACCCUUCGACUUUGGCGAUGAGUCAUCCAACUCUGGCGAGACCAUGGGCAUCCAAUGCACCGUGAUCAAGGGGGAUCUGCCCAUUGAGAUCAGCUGGGCGCUGAACAAUCAGGCGCUUACUAGUGGCGAUUGGGACGUGGUUAUUGGUCGCAUGUCCAGCAAAUCGAGCACCCUUAAUAUUGACUAUAUAGCUGCCGAGCAUCGGGGCAUCUACACCUGCCGAGCGCGCAAUCGAGCUGGCGAAAGCAGCUACAGUGCCGAGCUGAAAGUCAACGGUGACCCUUAA